ACUGCAAAGUGUAGAAGAAAAAGUUUUCAAAACGAAAAUGAUAAAAGUUUUAAUUUUUCUUAUUUGUGCUGUCUCCAUCGGACUUGCUGAUCCAAACUAUUGUUUUUCGUCGGAUCCACUUCGAUUGAGACUUCAUUUAAACAAAUAUUCUGUGUUCACUGCGUACGAUGUCGUACGUGGAACGUUCAACCCAGCAACAUCAACUUGCACUCCAUCAAAGUUUUGGUUUUACACUCGUCACCCUUCUCGCCUUCCUUUCAAUGAAGAAAUUGGAAGAAUUCGAAACAUUCAACCACAAGUCGAAAAUAUUAAAGCGGCCAGAAGUGCUGGACAGGGAACUCUUUGCCAGCAAGAUUUCGAUUUAAUUGACACAUGGAAUUUCGAUCCGAACAUAACAGCUGAAUACGAAACUUUACUAACUAUAUCCGGAUCGAACGAAAUGAAAGAAAUAGCUCAACGAUUUCAACAGGCCUUUCCUACCCUUUUGCCAACGACGUAUAAUCGAACACACUUUGUCUUCAAAAGAACAGCACCCGAACGUUCCGAAGCUACUGUCAAAGCAUUUUCAGAUGGAUUAUUCGGUGAUUAUGAACAAAUAUUUAUAGAACCAACACCCGAUCCAGAUAUGCUUUUGAGACCUCAUGAAGCAGACUGUUUACUCUUCGAUGAAGCUAGUGUUAGAUCAGCUGUGGAGCAAGCUGCGUUUAUAAAUGGACCGCAUUUCCAAAACAUGUUGAAUCGCGUUAAUGAUAAACUGGGCCUUACCGGAAAUCAACGUUUGACUGAGAGACAAGUUCGCACUCUUUGGGAGAUCUGUUAUUAUGAGCAAGCCUGGAAUAUGUCAGUUCCAGCACCAUUUUGCGGCACUUUUUCGUUGGAUGACCUCUUGAUUUUGGAAUACUUGGAGGACCUUCACUUCUACAUCGACUGGGGUCAUGGUGGUCCACAACUUCUUUUCGAAAAUUUGAAUUGUGGAGUCAUUCAAGAGCUUCUGGACUUUAUGGACAACGAUGGUGGAGAUGAUCGCGUUCGACUAUAUGUGUCACAUGCCGACCACUUCCAAUUUCUUUUGGUAGCACUGCGCGUUUUCGGAAACGAUGAACCGUUGACUGCGGCAAAUUAUAAUCAACAGGCCAAUCGAGAAUGGAAAUCUUCUAUUAUCUCACCAAUGGCUACAAAUAUUGCUGCGAUUCGUUACGAUUGCCCUGGAGGCGAUAACGACAUCUUAUUCUUGAUAAACGAGCAACCGCUGGUUAUUCCUGGAUGUCAAUCAAAUGGUCUCUGCAAGGUCAGUUUUAUUCGACAACGUUAUGGAAGAUUCAUUGGCGCCAAUUGCACCGUUAUUUCAUGCAGUGAAACCUCGUUCGCAGUUACUAGCUUCCAAUCGAACACGAUAAUUUUUGCAACACUUGCCUUCCUGAAUAUCUUCAUUUUGUUUUGGAAAUAGAAAGAAUAAUUUCCUAAUUCUGUUUCGGAAU